AUGCCACGGGAAAAAAAGUCCAUGGCAGGGCCAUGGAAAUAUGCGGAGAUCCGUGAGAAUGCCACGGAAAAAUUAUCAGAUUGUGACACAACAGAAAGACUUCACCUGCUAAUACUCCUCCCAGCCAGCAGGGGGCAUUAUAGAGGGGGUUUACUAAAGAACCAUGUGGAUGAAGAGCAAUCCGUGGAGAAGUUGAGGUGGUACGAGCAGGGUUCAAAAGGAAGAAAAAAUCUUCUACAAGCAUACAAGACAGUGGAGGAUGCAUUAGCAGGCUGCCUGUUUCUUUCUGGUGAUCCGUUUGUCAGUAACCCGAACAUCACUGUGGAGGAUCAUGGCCUGUAUGUGUCUUCCUACAACUCAAUUGUUCCUCAAGGGUCCGGAACCAAACUCAGCACCCGCAAAGAAUCAUGUGUGGUUGAAGAGUCUGUGGGCACUGUUAUUGGGAUUGUUGUGGCAGCUGGUGCCGUGAUAUAAAGGCUGGUUGCUCUGGUUCUGACUCAGUUCAAGGACAAACUGAAUUGCCUAAAGUGAUGGGAGGUGACUGUAUGAACUACAAAUGUUGAAAAGGCCAAUGGUACAGCAGAACAAGCCGGCAUGCAUAAGCCAAGGUCUGAAUUAACCGCAUUACAUGACAGAAUGAGAUUGGUGAUUGAUGAGACAUUUAUCUGAUAUAUGAACCGUUUUGCUUUUGUCAAUUUAAACUCAUUUAACCGCAUACAUCUUUCAUUGUAAGAAAAGGAUUAUGUGAACCAUGUUUAAAUAUUUGUAUUUCUGCAUGAAUGCCCUCUUAGUUCAUGAAUGUUU